AUGUUUCCUCGACAAAAACACAUUGGAUCAAAUCAAACCAUGAUCACAGAAUUCAUUCUUCUGGGAUUUGGGGAUGGUCAGGAUGUGCAGAUUGCUCUUCUGUUGCUAUUUCUCAUGAUCUACCUUGUGACUAUCAUUGGGAACCUGCUCAUUGUUCUUCUUGUUGUAUUAGACCAUAAUCUUCAUACACCUAUGUACUACUUUCUGGGCAACCUGUCUUGCUUAGAGAUCUUCUACAGCUCAACGAUCCUGCCCAGGAUGUUAUACAGUCUCACCACAGGACACAAGUCUAUCUCAUUCAUAGGUUGCUUCAUACAGUUUUACAUUUUUGGCAUUCUUGUUACCACAGAAUGUUUUCUCUUAACUGCAAUGUCCUUUGAUCGCUAUGUGGCCGUAUGCAAGCCGUUGCAUUACAGCGCCUACAUGAAUGACAAGCUGAGUGUCCAGUUGGCUGCUGGCUCAUGGGUGGGUGGGGGUUUGGCAAUCACCAUGACAACAUCUUUAAUGUCACAGUUAGUCUUUUGUGGUACAAAUGAGAUUGACCACUUCUUUUGUGAUUUUGGGCCAGUAGUCAAUUUGUCUUGUGGCAAGAAUGAAAUAAUAGUUACUUUUGUUUUCAUACUGUCAUCAGUGUGUGUUUUUCCAUCUUUCCUGUUGACCUUGGUGUCCUAUGUUUGCAUCAUUAUGUCCAUCAUGAGAGUGCCAACCACCUCUGGAAGGCAAAAGUUUUUCUCUACGUGCUCCUCCCAUUUGGUGGUAGUUACAACUUUUUAUGGAACUCUCAUUAUUGUCUAUGUCUUGCCAAAGACAACUACCCUCAAAGAUCUAAACAAAGUUUUUUCUCUUCUGUAUACCAUAUUAACUCCUCUUCUCAACCCUCUCGUAUACAGCCUGAGAAACAAAGAUGUUCAGGAGGCACUGGAAAAAGUUGUGAGAAAGUUAGCAAUUCUUACAGGGAUCAAGAACACAAGGUUGCUAAUUUGA